GAAACAAAAUGCCCUCCAUUUUAAUUACUGGCAGCAACCGCGGUAUUGGCUUAGAACUAGUGCGUCAAUACCUUGCUCAAGGCUGGCAGGUUUACGCUACUGCACGCCAUCCAAAAACAGCGACCGAACUACAGCAAUUAGCACAAAAUAAUCCAGAGCAAUUAAACAUUUCUCAGUUUGAUGUGACCAACGCAGAACAACGCCAUGCCUUAAUGACUAAAUUAAAAGGCAUCCCUUUAGAUGUGCUGAUAAAUAACGCAGGCGUUUAUGGACAAAACAAUGCUUCUUUUGGCAAUACCGAUGAAGACAAAUGGCUUGAAACCCUACGCAUUAACACCAUUGCGCCCAUGAAAAUAAUGGAAGCCUUUGCAGAAAAUAUCACCUUAGGCGAGAAAAAAGUGAUUGCCAGCAUAAGCAGUAAAAUGGGCAGUAUGGAUGAUAAUAGCUCAGGUGGUAGUUACGUUUACCGCUCCAGUAAAGCCGCACUGAAUGCAGUAAUGGUUAGCGCUGCACGUGACUUGAAGUCUGCGGGAAUCACCACCGUGAUUCUGCAUCCUGGCUGGGUACGUACCGACAUGGGAGGUUCUAGCGGGGAAAUCACUGCACAACAAUCAGUCGAGC